GAGGAUCCCGCUGAGGAGCGGCGCUGGCGGACCUCUGGAGGGCGGCCCGUGACGUCGUGAGGUGCGCUUUAAAGUGCGGGCCGGGCCGGGCGUCGGAGGGUCUGGCCGGCAGUCGGGCUGAGCCUCCGCAGCGGCCCUCCGCGGCAUGAGGUAUUGCUGGCUUCCCAGCUCCCCGGGUCGUGGAGAGGGUGGAGGAGGAGAAAAUCCUGUUGCCGCCACCGCUGCAUGACCCGCCGCCCCUGAGGCCCUACCCCGCGCCCAGCCCCUCGACGUCCCCAUCCGGGUCUUCCGGCCUCGCAUGGGGGUCUGGCGUUGAGGACCCCCUUCCCUCCGGGGGUCCCGGGGCGCGUCCCCCGAGAGCCAUGCCCGGCCGCCCCGCCCGCCCCGAAGGACCCUAAAGCAGCGUCGUGGGGCCAUGGCGGCCGCCAGCGGUUACACGGACCUGCGUGAGAAGCUCAAGUCCAUGACGUCCCGGGACAACUACAAGGCUGGCAGCCGGGAGGCAGCAGCCGCCGCCGCCGCCGCGGUGGCCGCGGCCGCUGCAGCCGCCGCCGCCGCCGAACCUUACCCGGUGUCCGGCGCUAAGCGCAAGUACCAGGAGGACUCGGACCCCGAGCGCAGCGACUACGAGGAACAGCAGCUGCAAAAGGAGGAGGAGGCGCGCAAGGUGAAGAGCGGUAUCCGCCAGAUGCGCCUCUUUAGCCAGGACGAGUGCGCCAAGAUCGAGGCUCGCAUCGACGAGGUGGUGUCCCGCGCCGAGAAAGGCCUGUACAACGAGCACACCGUGGACCGGGCCCCUCUGCGCAACAAGUACUUCUUCGGCGAGGGCUACACGUACGGGGCUCAGCUGCAGAAGCGCGGGCCGGGUCAGGAGCGCCUCUACCCACCGGGCGACGUGGACGAGAUUCCCGAAUGGGUGCACCAGUUGGUGAUCCAGAAGCUGGUGGAACACCGCGUCAUCCCAGAGGGCUUCGUCAACAGCGCCGUCAUCAAUGACUACCAGCCCGGCGGCUGCAUCGUGUCUCAUGUGGACCCCAUCCACAUCUUCGAGCGCCCCAUCGUGUCCGUGUCCUUCUUUAGCGACUCCGCUCUCUGCUUUGGCUGCAAGUUCCAGUUCAAGCCUAUUCGGGUGUCGGAACCUGUGCUUUCCCUGCCGGUGCGCAGAGGGAGCGUGACUGUGCUCAGUGGAUAUGCUGCUGAUGAAAUCACUCACUGCAUACGGCCUCAGGAUAUCAAGGAACGCAGAGCAGUCAUCAUCCUCAGGAAGACAAGAUUAGAUGCACCCCGGUUGGAAACAAAGUCCCUGAGCAGCUCUCUGUUACCACCCAGCUAUGCUUCAGAUCGCCUAUCAGGAAACAACAGAGAUCCUGCUCUGAAACCCAAACGGUCCCACCGCAAGGCAGACCCUGAUGCUGCCCACAGGCCUCGGAUCCUGGAGAUGGACAAGGAAGAGAACCGGCGCUCAGUGCUGCUGCCCACACACCGACGGAGGGGUAGCUUCAGCUCUGAGAACUACUGGCGCAAGUCCUACGAGUCUGGGGAGGACUGCUCAGAGGCGGCAGGCAGCCCCACCAGAAAGGUGAAGAUGCGGAGGCACUAAGGCCUGCCUCGCCCUCCUGGGAACUCUGGUUAAUCCUCACUUAGCUGUCCCCUCUUGUUUCGAGGGUUUUUGUUUCUGUUUUGUUUGUGGGGGGUUUUGUUUAGUUGUUUUUUGUUUUUGUUUUUGUUUUUUUAUCCUUCCCCUCUUUCCUCACUGCACCUCGGUUUAUUGCCUGUUACGGCUGAAGAACAGAUUGACCAGGACCUGGUUCUCAUGUUCUUGGUUUUCCUCCUGGAUGGAAAGGCUGUUGGCAUCAUUAGGGAAUGGAAGCUCAUGCUGGAGUGACCAGUAGAAGUAUGGGGGACAGCUGUCCUCAGUUGGAGUUAUGUCAGACUGGGUUUGUUUAAAAGCAACAAAAUGUUUUAGCUAAGAAAUUUCUUGUUUUGCUUUAAAUGUAAAUCCUUCAGUGUUGUAAAGGAAGUUCUGUCUCCUGCCUCCCUGUCUCCACUGAUGAAUGCUCUGGGUUGAGGUCUCCUCCUGGGCCUUGCAGGCUCCACAGAGGCCAACUGUCCUUCCACCUCUUAUCUGCUCUCCAGUCCCCCAAAGUUCAUGCAGAUACCCUCUUCCUCCUGCAGCAGAGUCAUUCAGGAUGACUGGGCAAGGGUUUAAACUAUGCCAGCCACUGCACCCCAGAGCUAUUGUCAGUCCCACAGGCUUCCUCCACACCCACUGGCCUGCUCUGCCCAUGGAGUGCCGAGGGGCUGGCUCCAGUGGUCCUGACCUCUCUUGCCAAGAGCACGCCUUUUUGCUGGGUUGCUCCUUUUAAGCAUAUGCCGUGUUAUUGUAUGGGACAGUUAGACUUGCCAUGUUGGGGCCGUUUUAGGAAUUGUUUCUAGCUAGAGGGACUGGUGUCCUUCCAGUCUAGCGUUUGGGGUAUGGAAAAUUGUUGUGGUAUGUGGUAGGGAUUUUGUUUGCUUUUGUUUUGAGUUUUUAAUUUUUCUUGGGUCUCCUGGCUUUUUCUUGUCCCUUUCCUUUCUCCUACAUUGACCAGCGUGGGCCUUCUUCCCAUUUCAUCCCUCUAUUAAGGCACCCACCCCCUCUGUCCGCCUGUAGCAUGCAUCCAGGGCCAAGCUCAGGCCUGCAGACUGGGUUGGUGCCUCCUCUGCCUCAGGGGUGUGGGAGCUGGGGAAGAGGCUUU